CCUGUGCCACUCUUCAGCACUUUGCAGUUCGGGAACAGGUUUGAUGCCGGUUGGGGAAAGCUGACGGGCCCGGGGAUGCAGCACUCUGCUCCGGCAGCCCACAUUUUAACUUUUUUAGAUAAUUACAAUCCAGAGAAGAGGAGGAGGGGGAGAAGAAAGAAGGAAAAAAAAAAAAAAAAAAAAAAAAAAAAAAAAAAAAAAAAAAAAAAAAAAGCCACACACCCUAAUAUCUUUAAAUAGCGAGUAGGGAGGGGAGAGGAGCGGCGGAUCCUCCCAGCCCGGCGCAGGGUAACAAUGGUGCUGGGUGCUGGCAGGGAGCAGCGGGCGCCCUGAUUGACAGCCCGAGCCUCCUAAAAAGGCCGCGGAGCGAUGGGAGAGAUGCUUAUCGGCGCCUUUAUAUAGCGGGGAGUCGGCGGCGCGGCGGGGACAGCGCGGACACCGCGGCCAGGCCCGGGAGCCGAUGCGAGCCGGGCGCGGCUCUGCCGCCCCGCAGGGCUCCCGCCAUGCACGGCCAGCCCCAGCCCCGGCCGCAGCCCCGGCCCGGCCCGCAGCCCCCGUCGCGCCUGCCCGCGCCCGCCCGGCCCAAGGCAGGCAGGAGGCGCUACAAGACCUUCAUGAUCGACGAGAUCCUCUCCAAGGAGACCUGCGACUACUUCGAGAAACUUUCGCUGUACUCGGUGUGCCCGUCGCUCCUGGUGCGCCCCAAGCCGCUGCACUCCUGCGCCGGCUCCCCUGCACUCCGGGCGUACCCUCUCAUCUCCGUCAUCACCCGGCAGCCGCCCGCGCUGCCCCCGCUGCUCCCGGCCGCCGGCAGCUCCCGGCCGCCGGCAGCCCAGCCCUGCCUGGGCGCCGUGGGCACGGACGCUUCCCCCGGCGAGGCCCAGGGCAGCAGCGAGUCCGAGGCAGAGCAGCCCCCGCCACGCUCCAAGAAGCCACGCCGGAGUAGGACCAUCUUCACCGAGAUCCAGCUCAUGGGCUUGGAGAAAAAGUUUCAGAAGCAGAAGUACCUCUCCACCCCUGACAGGCUUGACUUAGCCCAGUCCUUGGGGCUGACUCAGCUCCAGGUGAAGACGUGGUACCAGAACCGUAGGAUGAAGUGGAAGAAAAUGGUGUUGAAGGGUGGACAGGAAGCUCCAACAAAGCCCAAAGGCCGUCCAAAGAAAAACUCCAUUCCCACCUCAGAGGAGAUCGAAGCAGAGGAGAAAAUGAACAGCCAAGCCCAGAGUCAGGUGCAGGAGGGAUCUCAAGCCUCUGAGGAGCCAAAACUAACAGAGGAGAAUCCAGAAGUCCUACUGGAGGCAGAGAAGUCUCCACAACAUAUACCAGAGCCUUCCUCUGAGGAGACUACAUCAUUAAGUUAAAAGGGAGAGAAAGGAGGGGAAAAGAAGAGCAAAAAAAAAAAGAUAAAAAGAAAAAUCAACCCCAAAUAUAUAUAUAUGUAUAUAUAUAUUUAAAUAUGUAUGUAAUGGUCUGUGUAUACAUAUAUAUAUAUAUAUAUAUAAUAUAUAUAUAUAUGUAUGUAUGUCGACCUUGUGUAUAAGUCUGAACAUUGGUCACUUUGUGCCUUUGGGAAUCACGGGCCAGGUGGAACAAAGACUACUGGGGGUAGUGCCAGCCUGUUCCUCUGGCAGGAGCCUGAGCCUUGCUGCAGAGAGGGCCGGGAUGGGUGUCCAGGGAAAACCACUCCUCGAAGCCCAAGACAGCUCCAGGGCUCUCCAGGCAGUCAGAGGCAGGUGUGUGGCUGUGCUGCAGGGUCAGUGUGUUCCCUUGGCUUUAUCCUUGACUUGUGUGGUGCCAGUGGACAAAGAGUUUGGCCUGGGCUCAGAUCAGGGAUAGCUGAGAAAUGGGAGCUCUGACAGCACCAUUUCCUCGUGUAACCAGCACUUAAUUCUGUUGGGGACGGGCCCGACUUAAACAAUUUUAGGAAACAGUUCAGACCCCCAGGUUUGCUUUGACCCAGUUAAGAUUAAAGCUUCUGAAGGGAGAUCCAUACCUGGGUCAGCUCCAGUUGCCUCUCCUUGGGUGGUUUGUCUGUGAAUUUGCGGUGAUGUGGGAUAAAACUUGGAAUAAGAUGAGCAUUUGGAUAUGUCUGCUCCAAAAGCUUUUGGUUGCUUGGAUCUGGGACUUUUGCUUUGGGCCCACUUAGAAUUUUUGUAGGGA